AGAAUAUUCACUUUUUUUUUUUGAUUUAAAGUUAGGUUUUUAAGGAAUAGAUUUGUUGUUAAAAUAAACAAUAUUUAAAUAAUCUUUCAUAUAUAGUAUCUCAAUCUUUAAGAAAAUUAUUUAUUUUUUCGUAAAAACAAAAGAUUUAAUGUCUAAAAACUCGCAAUCUUCACCUCCCGUUGCGGGAGAAUUGAUUGGUGCUGAACAAAGUGGGUCUAAUAACAGAUUUAUUGAAGAACCACCAUUUCUAACUCCUAAACAAGUUAAGAAGUUCUUAAGUUUUCUGACUAAAGAAGAAAUGGCCGUCUAUGAAACUCUUACCGACGAACAAAAAACGUUUUAUUUAAAUGUAUUAAAAAGGGCGCAAGCUGAGGUCAAGAAGACCGGAGGAUGCUUGGAUAAUCACAAAAAGAUAGAUAAAUUGGAAAAAAGAAGUCAAGUAUCUGAUGAUCGACUUUCGAUAACGGACGAAUUAAAGAAUUGGGGAAUUUCCAGAGAAGAGUGGAAUUCAACAAACGAGCGUAAUAAAUUAGAAGAACGAGUUAAAGAAUUUAGUUUGCCAGACAAAGAAUUCACGGAACGACUUCCUUCAAGAGUAGAAGAUCAAGAUAUCAAUAAAAUAGCUUCACCUCCCGUUGCGGGAGAAUUGAUUGGUCCUGAACAAAGUGGGUCAAAGAACAAUAACAGAUUUAUUGAAGAACCACCAUUUCUAACUCCUAAACAACUUAAGAAGUUCUUAAGUUUUCUGACUAAAGAAGAAAUGGCCGUCUAUGAAACUCUUACCGACGAACAAAAAACGUUUUAUUUAAAUGUAUUAAAAAGGGCGCAAGCUGAGGUCAAGAAGACCGGAGGAUGCUUGGAUAAUCACAAAAAGAUAGAUAAAUUGGAAAAAAGAAGUCAAGUAUCUGAUGAUCGACUUUCGAUAACGGACGAAUUAAAGAAUUGGGGAAUUUCCAGGGAAGAGUGGAAUUCAACAAACGAGCGUAAUAAAUUAGAAGAACGAGUUAAAGAAUUUAGUUUGCCAGACAAAGAAUUCACGGAACGACUUCCUUCAAGAGUAGAAGAUCAAGAUACCAAUAAAAUAGAGAAUCCAGAUUAUAUGCAAAUAAUUUUCUGA